AGGCUUUUUUGAAAUUAUAUAGUUGAUAUUUACGAAAACAUUUACUAAAGCACGUCAUAUAAUAUAUUUAUAGCUUAUAGUUCUACUACACUUUGAAUAUUGUACAAUAUAAAGUACAGUUCUUGCCUUCUCCGAUCGCGUUUCUACCUUUUCUGUCCCCUGCAGGAUCCCGUCGUUUUGUGUCAUCACAGUCCUGUAAAACAAUAUGGAAGAUUAGAGCGCCAAAUCUGAUUUGACUACUGCUGUUCUCUGUAAAUAGGUUUAGGGGUGUUCGUACUGAUUCUGUGGCGCUUCCCGAUCAACUAUGGAUGCGGCCUCCUGUAUGAAAACCUUGUUGCUGGCAGCCGCGCAAUACAAGAGUUGCAAGAACGAGAAUAACGGGGCUGCUCUGCAGAGGCAACUAGAGGUGAUCUUUGGUCUUAAACUGAACAGACUGUUUGCAUCAAACCAAAUAUUACCAAGUGAAUGUUUAAGUAGUCUUGUGGAACUUAUUGAAGAUCCAAACACAAGCCCUGCUAUAGCUUUAAAGACAAUUAAUUUACUUUCUAGUUUAGCUGUUGACAAGGAAACCAGAGAAGCUCUUCAUGCAACUUACAGCCUCACAAACGUGUUAGCUGGAGUAAUUCAUCGUUACAGCUCCAUCUUAAAUGAUCCUGUUUUGUUACAGAGCAUUCAGCUGCUGCAAAGACUGACAUAUAACGUAAGAGUCCUACAUGCAAAUGUGAAUAUUGAAGACUUAAUUGCUUUUCUGAUUAAUCGAAUUCAGUCCCCAGAAGAUGAGUUAACAAUGCCAUGCCUUGGACUUAUGGCAAACCUUUGUCGACAUAAUCUUUCAGUUCAAGUAUAUGUAAAGUCAUUGAAUCAUGUGAAAGGAUUCUAUCGUACAUUAAUUAGCUUUCUAGCACACAGCAGUUUGACUGUGGUGGUGUUUGCACUUUCAGCAUUGGCAAGUCUGACCUUAAAUGAAGAAGUUGGGGAGAAGCUUUUUCAUUCCAGGAAUAUCCAUCAGACUUUUCAAUUAAUAUUUAACAUUCUUGUUAAUGGAGAUGGAACAUUAACAAGGAAAUAUUCAGUUGAUCUGCUUAUGGACCUUUUAAAGAACCCUAAAAUUGCUGAUUAUCUGACAAGAUAUGAACAUUUUAAUUCUUGCCUUAAUCAAGUACUGGGUCUUCUUCAUGGCAAGGAUCCUGAUUCUGCCUCCAAGGUUUUAGAACUGUUGCUAGCUUUCUGUACUGUGACAAGUUUACGUCACACGUUACGAGAAACUAUAUUUGAACAAACUGGCAUUACAGGAUCAGGAAAUGGACGACUUGGGCCACGCACAAAGUCUUCAGAACCAGCUGUGGCACUUGUUCAUUGGUCAAGUCAGCCAUUGGAUGCACCACAUAACUGCUCUGUCUUGGCCCUUGAAGUCUUUAAAGAGAUUUUUGAGGAUGUCAUCUAUACUGGUAAUGGCCAGUCAGCUGAACGCUUUGUUGGUUUGCUGCUUCCAGUUAUUAUUGAACAGCUGCAAAUUCCCGACCAGAGGCUUAAUGAAGCAUUUGCCAAGAAGAGAUGUGAAAGAAUUGUGAAAGCCAUAAAUGUCUUAUUAAUCCUCUGCGGCGAUGAUGCAUUAAAAUCUCACAUUGCUAAAAUGGUUCCUGUCAACAGAUGUGUAUCCUUGGUUGAUUAUCAAUUGACAUACAGUGGUGUUGAUACUGGCUUUGGAACCAAAAUGGUAGAUUCAGAACUAUUCAAAGUUGCUGCAGAUGUUAUUCUUAAAACGCUGGAUCUCAUGAGCAGACUAAAGCAGAUGGUAAUGAACAUGGAAGCUACUUUCUACAAAAUUCUUCAGGAUCAUCGCUUGAUAACACCACUGUCAUUUGCCUUAACAUCGGAUGAAAGAGAGAGAGUUCACACUGGACUUAGAAUACUGUUUGAAGCAGCACCUUUGCCAGACUUCCCUGCGGUUGUGCUUGGUGAGAGCAUUGCUGCUAAUAAUGCAUAUAUACAGCAAGAAACUGAUCAUCCUCCAAAAAAAAUGGGUUUGCAAGUUCUUACAAACAACUGUAAAACACCCCACACUCCAAAUCUACAGAAUUCAGUAGAUAUACCCUCUUCAAAUAUUCAGGACCUUAUAGUAAAGCUGCAGACAGGAAUGGAGUUGAAAGAACAAGGAAACAAUGUCAGAAUUUCUGAUCUAAUGGAUGUUUAUGAGCAAAAAUUGUCUGCUCUAGCAUCUAAAGAAAGUCGACUGCAAGACCUUUUGGAAGCAAAGGCACUAGCUCUUGCUCAGGCUGACAGACUGAUUGCUCAAUACCGGUGUCAGAGAGCCCAGGCAGAAGCAGAGGCUAGAAAGCUUGCUGCAAUGCUUAAGGAUGCAGAGAGAAAAAAUGAAGAGUUGAACUUGUUUCUGAAGUCGCAGCAGCUCGAGUCUGAGAGAGCAAAGAGUGAUAUUGAGCAUCUCUUUCAGCACAACAAAAAGCUGCAAGCUGUAGCUGAAGAACAUGAGACAUUAAAAAUAUCAUAUGCUGACCAUCUAAUGAGAUAUGAGCUCUCUGAAAGGCAAUCCAAAGAAUUGCAGGCAUCGUAUAAUUUACUAAAUAAGCAAGCUGAAAACAUGAAAAGGUUGAAUGAGUCAUUAAAGUUACAGAAUGAAAAAACGGCGGCUCAGCUAGAAGAAACUGAAAACCAGAGAAAAGAACUGGCAAAGCAACUGCAAGAUAGGGACAAUAAAAUACAGAAUUUACAACAGAAAGUUAAAGGGCUAGAAGAAAAGCUGAAAACAAAACAAAAAGAAAAAGAGGAUAUGGAAGAAACUAUUGAUAUUCUUCGCAAAGAAUUAAGCAAAACGGAACAAGCAAGGAAGGAACUGAGCAUCAGGGCAUCUUCAUUAGAAGUUCAAAAGACACAACUAGAAGCACGCUUGGAGGAAAGGGAAGCUAUUGUGAAAGCUCAACAAGAAGAACUGAGCAAACAUUCCCACAUGAUUGCCAUGAUACAUAGCCUGAGUGGUGGCAAGCUGAAUGCUGAGAAAGUGAACCUCAGUCUUUAGAAAUGAAUAUACAUCUUUAUCCAAUUACCUGAUCAGUAUGUCACGAACCAUCUCAUCUAUGUUGUACUUUAUGCCUUUCCACAUUUUUUAUGAAAUACUAAUGUACAGAGUAAAUUUUUAACUUUUUUAAUGGUUACAAUAAUUAACUUUUUGCUAUAGUGUCUCUUUAACAGAACUAGUCAUACUGUGUCCUUAGCCCAAACAUUAUCUUUUGUAGAAAAUUGGUGUUUGAAAGUUUAAAUGUGGAAUAAAUUAACUUAAUUAUU